CAUGCCUGGGCUCCCACCUGGGCCAGUGGGCUUCAGUCUGUAGGUGACUACAGAAGGAGGAGGAGCUCCGUCUGUUCUCUCUUCAGGCAGUUGUUGUGUCUCUCAGCGCUUGUUGGGUUCACAACCUAUUAAAUAAGCCGGCUGGUCUUCACCCUCCCAGACAAGUCAACUCAGGGGAGGUGGCAGGGUGUGGGCCUUGGCCCACAGCCCUAGCUGGGGCCGGGGCCAGGGCUGGUGCCCGGGGCUGGGCUGUGAGGUGGGCAGGCGAGGAGUGGGAAGACCAUCUCUGCAAGUGCAGCACAGCCUUGGCCUAGGACAGCAGGAGUGCGUGGCCAAAGCUGUGAGCAGAGGCACAGGUGGUGGCAGACAGUAGAGGCGCCCCAUGGGGAACAUACUGACCUGUUGUGUGCACCCCAGCAUCAGCCUCGAGUUUGACCAGCAACAGGGGUCGGUGUGUCCCUCUGAAUCUGAGAUCUAUGAGGCAGGAGCUGGGGACAGGAUGGCAGGCAAGCCCAUGGCUGCUGCUAUACAGCCUGCUGAGGUGACUGUUGAAGUUGGUGAGGACCUUCACAUGCACCACAUCCGUGACUGGGAGACGCCUGAAGCUUUGGAGCUUAACCUUUCUGCCAAUCCAGAGGCAAGCACAAUAUUCCAGAGGAACUCUCAAACAGAUGCUUUGGAGUUUAACCCUUCUGCCAAUCUAGAGGCAAGCACAAUAUUCCAGAGGAACUCUCAAACAGAUGUUGUAGAAAUAAGAAGAAGCAACUGUACAAACCAUGUACCUACUGAGCAUUUCAGUCAACAAUACAGCUCGUGUUUGACAAUAUUCCUUGAUGACAGCACAGCCAACCAGCCUUAUCUUACAAUGACAAUACUAUCUGUGACCUUGGAGAUACAUCAUCAUAUCACACAAAGAGAUGCAGAUAGAUCUUUGAGCAUAUUUGAUGAACGGUUAUACUCAUUUACGGUUUCCACCGUGCACAUUACCCAGACAAGAAAUGGAGGUGGGAGUUUCAGUAACCAUUCCUCCUCCAUUCCAUCGACUCCCAGCACCAGCCAGGAGGACCUUCAGAUCAGUGUUCCUCCCACUGCCAACACACCCACGCCCAUUUGCAAGCAGUCCAAGCGCUGGUCCAACCUGUUUACAUCUGAGAAAGGGAGUGACCCAGACAAAGAGAAGAAAGCCCCAGAGAGUCAUUCUGACACCAUCGGGAGCAGCAGAGCCAUCCCCAUUAAACAGGGCAUGCUCUUAAAGCGAAGUGGGAAAUGGCUGAAGACAUGGAAAAAGAAAUAUGUCACCCUGUGUUCCAAUGGCAUGCUCACCUAUUAUUCAAGCUUAGGUGAUUAUAUGAAGAAUAUUCAUAAAAAAGAGAUUGACCUUCAGACAUCUACCAUCAAAGUCCCAGGAAAGUGGCCACCCCUGGCCACAUCGGCCUGCGCGCCCAUCUCCAGCUUUGAAAGCAAUGGCCUAUCCAACAACAUGAACAGUCUAUGUAUCUCAGCCAAUUCAGACACCGAGCUGGGUGACUCCAUAUGCUUCAGCCCCAGUAUCUCCAGCACCACCAGCCCCAAGCUCAACCUGCCCCCCUCUCCUCAUGCCAGUAAAAAGAAACACCUAAAGAAGAAAAGUACCAACAAUUUGAAAGACGAUGACCUGUCCAGCACUGCUGAGGAACAAGGAGAAAACUUUAUCAUUGUGUCCGUCACUGGCCAAACAUGGCACUUUGAAGCCAUGACAUAUGAGGAGCGGGAUGCCUGGGUCCAAGCCAUCGAGAGCCAGAUCCUGGCCAGCCUGCAGUCAUGCGAGAGCAGUAAAAGCAAGUGCCGGCUGACCAGCCAGAGCGAGGCCAUGGCCCUGCAGUCGAUCCAAAACAUGCGUGGGAACUCCCACUGUGUGGACUGUGAGACCCAGAAUCCUAAGUGGGCCAGUUUGAACUUGGGAGUCCUCAUGUGUAUUGAAUGCUCAGGAAUCCACCGCAGUCUUGGCACCCGCCUUUCCCGAGUGCGAUCUCUGGACCUGGAUGACUGGCCAGUUGAGCUCAUGAAGGUUAUGUUAUCUAUUGGCAAUGACCUAGCCAACAGCAUCUGGGAAGGGAGCAGCCAGGGGCGGACGAAACCCUCAGUAGAGUCCACAAGGGAAGAGAAGGAACGGUGGAUCCGUUCCAAAUAUGAGCAGAAGCUCUUUCUGGCCCCACUACCCUGCACGGAGCUGUCCCUGGGCCAGCACCUGCUGCGGGCCACCGCUGAUGAGGACCUGCGGACAGUCAUCCUGCUGCUGGCACAUGGCUCCCGGGAAGAGGUGAAUGAGACCUGUGGGGAGGGAGACGGCUGCACGGCGCUGCAUCUGGCCUGCCGCAAGGGGAAUGUGGUCCUGGCACAGCUCCUGAUCUGGUACGGGGUGGACAUCAUGGCCCGAGAUGCCCACGGGAACACAGCGCUGGCCUACGCCCGGCAGGCCUCCAGCCAGGAGUGCAUCGACGUGCUUCUGCAGUACGGCUGCCCCGACGAGUGUGUGUAGUAUCUGUUUAAUUUGACUGCAGUCUCCUUGGUGCAAAAACAAAAUGAGGAAAAUAAAGAUAACUCAGAAUUUCAAAAGGAAAUCACAAAUUCAGCUAAUAAUAGCAUUUUCAGUACUUUUGUAAACUAAGUAAAUACACAAAAUGUUGACUUUUCUGACCAUAAGACAUAUUUUAUGUCCUUUUGCCGAGGUGGAUGUGUUAGUCUCAGGCCCUCCUGGGCCACAUUGCCCAAGUCAGACAGGGUUCUGUAUUACGUAUUUAUAUAAGAUGUGUGAAAAUAUAUUUGAAAAAAAGUUCAUAAAUAUGCAUUGAUUUUUUUACACAUGGCACCUCUUUUUUUUUUUUCUUUUUUUCUUUUUUUUUUUGAUGGUGUUUUGCUGUGUUGCCCUGGCUGGAGUACAGUGGCACGAUAUCGGCUCACUGCAAGCUCUGCCUCCUGGAUUCACACCAUUCUCCUGCCUCAGCCUCUCAAGUAACUGGGACUACAGGUGCCUGCCACCACACCCGGCUAAUUUUUUGUGUUUUUAGUAGAGACGUGGUUUCACUGUGUUAGCCAGGAUGGUCUCCUGACCUCAUGAUCCACCUGCCUUGGCCUCCCAAAGUGCUGGGAUUACAGGCAUGAGCCACCAUGCCCGGCCCAUGGCACCUCUCUUAAUUUAUAAAUUGAACUGGAUGUGAACUAAUAAUGUCAGCUAGUUGAGAUAAGAGGGUUACAGAUCAGCUGGGUGCAGUGGCUUACACCUCUAAUCCUAGCACUUUGGGAGGCCUAGGCGGGCUGAUCACCAGGUCAGGAGAUAGAGACCAUCCUGGAAAACAUGAUGAAACCCCAUCUCUACUAAAAAAUACAAAAAAUUAGCUGGGCGUGGCCGGGUGUGGUGGCUCACACCUGUAAUCCCAGCACUUUGGGAGGCUGAGGCAGGUGGAUCAUGA